AUGUUCGCGGGGCUGCCUGAGCUCGGGAUAUCCAACGGCGAGGAUCUUAAAGAAACACUCACCAACUGUACGGAGCCUCUGAAAGCCAUUGAUCAGUUUCAGAUGGAAAAUGGCAUCCUGCUGCCGACCCUCCAGUCUGCUCUUCCCUUCCUCGACCUCCAUGGAACGCCUCGGCUGGAGUUCCACCAGUCUGUCUUCGACGAGCUUCGAGACAAGCUGAUGGAGCGAGUCGCCACCAUUGCAGAGGGCAAGGAGGAGGACAGAUAUGGGAAGCUUGAAGAGCUGCUGGAGAAGAGCUUUCCCCUUGUCAAAAUGCCAUCAAUUCAGCCAGUGGUAAUGCAAGUGCUGAAGCAUCUACCCAAGGUGCCAGAGAAGAAACUGAAGAUGGUGAUGGCUGACAAGGAGUUGUACAAGGUGUGUGCCGUGGAGGUGAAACGGCAGAUCUGGCAGGACAACCAGGCUCUGUUUGGGGAUGAAGUGUCCCCCCUCCUCAAGCAGUACAUUGUGGAGAAGGAAGCAGCUCUGUUCAGCAGCGACCUCUCCAUCCUGCACAAUUUCUUCAGCCCUUCCCCCAAAACACGACGCCAGGGCGAGGUGGUCCUGAAGCUGACACAGAUGAUUGGGAAGAACGUGAAGCUAUACGACAUGGUGCUGCAGUUUUUACGAACACUCUUCCUGCGAACGCGAAAUGUCCACUACUGCACACUGAGAGCCGAGCUAUUGAUGUCUCUUCACGACCUGGACAUCAGUGAGAUCUGCUCUGUGGACCCUUGCCAUAAGUUCACUUGGUGUUUGGACGCUUGCAUCCGUGAGAAGUUUGUGGACGGCAAGCGAGCCAGAGAGCUGCAAGGUUUCCUAGAUGGAGUAAAGAAAGGACAAGAGCAAGUCCUCGGGGACCUGUCCAUGAUCCUAUGUGACCCGUUUGCUUGUAACACCCUGGUCCUGAGUAUCAUGAGGAACCUGCAAGAGCUGCUGAGUCAGGACGCUUUACCCAGGGACAGUCCAGACUUGAUGCUGCUGCUGAGGAUGCUGUCACUUGGUCAAGGGGCGUGGGACAUGAUUGACAGCCAGGUCUUCAAAGAGCCUCGUUUGGAUCUGGAAGUGGUGACCCGCUUCCUGCCUGCCAUGAUGUCAGUGGUUGUUGAUGAUCACACCUUAAAUGUAGAACAGAAGCUUCCCAGUGAGGAGAAGAGUUCGUUGUCAUACCCCACCACCCUGCCAGAUGCCUUCAACAGGUAUCUGCAGGAGAACAGAGUGGCCUGUGAAAUGGGACUCUACUACGUUCUCCACAUUGCCAAACUGAGGAACAAGAAUACCUUACAGAGGUUACUACCUGCCCUGGUGGAGACCUACAAUGACAUGGCCUUUGGUGACAUCUUCCUGCACCUGCUGACCGGACACCUAACCCUGCUCUCUGAUGAGUUUGGAUCCGAAGACUUUUGUUCAGUUGUCUUUGAUGGCUUUCUUCUUACUUCUUUUUCCAGUAAAGAGAACGUCCACAGACACACCCUCCGGAUGUUGCUGCAUCUACACCACAAAGUGCUGCCAUCGUACAUGGAAACCUUGAUGAAAACUCUCGAACCUCCAAAACAGAGCUGCGAGCCAGUGAAGGAGCUGUACACCCAGCUGACAGAGAAGCUGGACGCACAGAAGAAGAGCCCUCCGCCAGCAGAUGAAACUCCAUCCCUGGACCUGGGGCUGCACCCAGUGACUGUCCCCACCACUGCCUCUACCCCAAGCACACCUCUCUGAAACACAGCAGAAACACAUCUGUGACUGACUGUAAAUACAGCCACCAGUUUGGCUCGAGAAUUUUCAAAAAGACUGGACAUUUUACAUUAUUGUUUGUUCUGUGUUUUUGUUUCAUGGAGAUUUUCUUUAGUUGUUUAUCCCAAAAGGCUAUUUCUGCUCUGACAGUAUAGUUCAGCAGUCAUCUGUUUCUCUUCAAAAGACGGUGUUAGCUUUCUAACUUUGGUCUCACGUUAUUGUCAGAAUAAACAGAAUCUUAGUAUGUAAUUGGGUUAUCAGUGUGGUAUAUUUGAAUUUGUAUCAGAAGUGCAACAAACCUGUAAAUAAAUGCCUAUUUAGAAA